AAUCUCCUGUAGGAGGAUAUGUACUGAUCAAUUAAAAAACGUUCAGGAGGGGAGGUUUUGGGGGAUUUGCAUGGUUUCAAAGAAUGUUAAUUCCACUGCAGGCAUGUGAAAAUACGAAGGGGGUAAAUCGUCGCAUGAUAUAGGGGCCUUUUCUUCAAAAUUCCUCGUUUGUAUUAACUCCUUCCCUCUGUAGCGUGUUACUCAUCGAAAUACAUAGAGAGGCUUAGAGAGUAAAGGUUCCUCACCUAGAGCGACAUGGCUUGGGUGUGGCAAGAAUGGCAACGUCUCAAGUACAUGAACGGGACAAUAGAUGCCGCUAGUGAUGAUCUUCUUUAUCGGAAGGAAGGAAGCGCUUUGGCAGCACUUCGAGACCAGCUUCAUGCCGUGUAUUGUCAGCAUGUGCUGCCAUUGGAAAAUCGAACCUUCUUUCAUGAAGUGUAUGAUACGCCUUUGGCUGAGCAGGACUUCAAGGCUGCUCCAAUGGUGCUGCUCAUCCCCAGUCAAAACACCAACCACGCGGAGCUGGUAUCCCAACUGGUUGGCUGCAGCUUGGAUGGCGCCGACGGGCGCCAAUUCCUCGGCAGCGCUGGCACCUUCACCUUCAUCUUCAACGACGAGCCUGGCGCAGAGCCCGAAGCUCAGCAGGACCCAUCCCUGCACCGGCAAUACACCAUGUCUCUCGCGAGGCACCACCAGAAGCAGAAUAACCCACUGAGCAACAAAAGCAGAGCCAGUGUCAAGCUCAAGUCCAACUAUGACGGAGACGAGGACGGCGAUGGUCCCGUCUGCAACGUCAUGGACGGUGCCGUGUUGGCACAAAAGCACAGACACCACUUGGUUGACCUCAGGGCACUGGCUGAUGCCGCUGGAGCUGGGUCGAGUUUCCUCACUGACCACGUCACAGGGCUCCUGGUGAAGGGGUCUUACACUGCUGCCAGGAUGACUGUCGUCGUGGCUCCGGAUUUGCCGUCAUCACCGGGGAUGAAUGGCGCAAAUGACGACAAUAAUAAUAAUUAUGGUGACGAUGAGGACAUGGAAGGCACUGCUGAGCUGGACUAUUGGUACUGCGGAGCACUGCAGUUUCUGGCUGCCAGGGCCGAGAGGAUCCUCGUGACCCUGGAUGCGGGUUCUUCGCCGAACAUUGUGAGCCCGAAGGCGGCUGUUGCUCUGCAUGCUUUGCGCAGAUGGGUGUCCAGAAUCACUAUCGACAUUUUCUUCGAUCCCAAUUCGACCAAGUUGAACAGGUCUCAGAAAAGCACUGGAUGCCCGUCUGCUCUGAGACACGUGCAGAAAACCAGCCAGUUGAUGUGGGAGCUGGCCCGGGUUCUGGGAACGCGAACCCGACUACCAAGACUGGGCGCCAACUUGUUUCGUAGCUCUACAGACAGUGCAGGAGUCACAGACGCCCUCUUUCGGGCAGGAGAGGAAGCAUUGUGUCGGGACUUGUUCUACAUGGCCCAGUGUUCAGUGCUGCGUCGGGCUGAUGAUUUAUUGCAGCGGACGAAGCUGGCCCGCGGGCUGGCCCAUUUUGUAAACGCCGUGCAUGCAGACUUACCAUCUUUGACGCUUCCUUUCAAAUUGCCGGAAAGUGUUGGGAUACCAGGGUUGCCAGGAUUGAGGAUUCCAGUUCCAAAUAGAAGUGAGAAAGCGAGGCAAAGGAUCCUCGGGAAUUUGGAGUUGUACGUGACCCGGGCUAAACGUCACUGCUCGACAUCAGCACUUCCGGUCAGUCCUGACCUGUUGCGUGACCUGUUGGUCUACAAACAACUGGAAGGAUCAUCAGCGUCUUCGCCCAUGUCUCUGCCAACUGUCAUACCCGAAGACCAAUUAAUUGAAUCCGAAAUUAAGGCGAAUGCCCUCGUCAAUAAAAUUCUGGCUCGCUUGGUGCAAGUAUGCAACAUCCCCACCACUCAGUAUGACCUGAGGAGCAAAGUGUUUGUGGGACGAGGGCAUGACACUUACUUGCUGGCUGAUGCGUCACGGCGUCGGUUGCUCCUCCAGCAAAUGAGGUUUGAUGACCUGGGACCGGACCCCUUUGACACAGUUCCCUUCAAGGGAUUCAUUGAAGCUGUCGUGGCUGCGGGCUUGUUGACUUGUCCCGCACUGGCUGACAGGGUCGCAUGGCUGGCCCAUUGCCAUCAACCACGAGAUGACAAGAAGCUGACCAGACGCGAGUUCCUCACUGCCAUGCACUUGGUCCUGUGCAAACGCGCCGGACUCGACCUUCCCUGUCCAUCUCGCACCUCGUCUUCCUGGCCACCCGCGUCUCGCCUGCCACCCCGUCUCCUCCACCCCAACGAUCGUCACUGUCACGUGUGCCAACCAGCGUCAUCCCGUGCCCUCGACCCGUCCAGAUGCCACUUGACCCUCGGUGACUCUCGGUCACGCGCAACAUCAUCCAUGCUCGUCAUGGGAUCGCCGGCAUCAGCAGCAGUGACAUCUGCAUCCGAAGAAUACCGCACUAAACUCUGUCGCGCCUUUGACGAGCGUCGCAAAUUCCACAAGGCCUCGGGCCUCGUCGACAUGCAACAAGACGAGCUCGACUACAUUCUGUGUCACGAUGACUCUCCUACUGCUGCCGCGUCGACAGCCGGGAUGUCGAAGACGAGUCCUCGCGUCAUCGACGGCAGGUCAUCCCGGCUGAUGAAUGACAGCGCUGUGCACAAUGACGAUGACGAUGCUGCUGGUGUUGCUGACGAGAUGAUUCGACACGCGAGCGGAAGAUUUAGUGUUCAAGACAAUGAAUCCAGGGAAAGUAAAUCUCGUGUUCGUCAUCGAAGUCGACACCAGAGUUCAGCAGCACCAAUAUCUCGACACCAAAAACAACAACAGCAACAACAACAGGAUACAGAAAGCGACACAAAGAUCAUCAAGCGUCGCGAAGAUAAUUGGCGAGGCGAGGAAGAUUCCGUGACGGCGAUCGAGCCCACGUCAACCAGUAAUAAUCACAAAGAUAAUAUCGACGACGACGACGAUGGCGUCAACAAAAGACAAAUUCAGCGUCGAUUGAAAGAAAAGCAAUCUUUGAAAUUGAGAAAUAAUAAAGCGGCAAUCCCGAUAAACAGACUGUCGGGUUCGAAGCGUCGAGAAGAUAAUUUGCGAGAAGAGGACGAAGAAGAUUCCAUGACAGUCAUUACUGAGCCAACAAUUAACAGCAUCAAUUACAGAAGCAAUCAUCCCGAUAUUGCUGUCGUUGACAAAGACGCCAACACUAGACGUUGUCGACAGCAAUGA